AUGAAGCUUUCCCUUGUUUUUGUUGCUCUUUUUGCUGUAGGCCACGGGUUGCCCAUCUCUCUUGAUGAUUCGAUUUUAGAGAGUUCGACCGUGGAAAAUAUAGAGCCAGCAAAUGAGCCAUUUGUGGUCCAGAUAGACCAGUUUACGCAACUAGUCUCCACCCAUUUGCACUUUGACCAUCUCGAACCUAUCAUUUCGACCACAUACCGCGAGAUAUCUGGACAGCUUCAGCAUCACAUCGAGAUAACCGUCCACGAUACCUCACUAGAUACCCAGCCUUAUGAUAACAUCCGUCAGCAUAGUUUUCAGCAGUCUCAAUCCCUUGAAGGCAUGGAUAUAGAAAUCCUUCAGGCACAAAUAUCUGGCGCCAUCCAGGCCCAUACAGAAGGAAAUCUUCCUCUCGCGUGGGACAAGGUUGCGGACAAGCUCAGUCGACCUGCCCUGGAAGCAUAUUUGGCCCAGCUAAUCUCAACCCGGUGCGGGAUAAAUGCUGGAUUUCCAGUCCAGGCAGACCAAGCAGACUCGGGCUGUCUGAUGGAAAAGGCCGUCAGUCUUUCUAGUAGCAUCGACGACUAUAUCGCCAACAAUCUUUCCGAGACGUUCUUGACACUCGACCAGACCGUUUUGCCAGACUUACUCGAGCACACGGCCAGGGACCUCAAACAGGUUCUCGAUUAUUUUAAUGCGGUAUUUUUAAGACACGACGAGAGACAACUUUCGCUUCGGGUGAUACCUUGGAACGAGCACACAAAUCACGCCAAUAUUGCAGACACCGCAAACAUAGAUAUUCAGACCUUUAGUUCUAAGCUCCUUCAACUUGCAUCACGAUCCCUCUCGAGUGAUGAUCACCCUAUCGAAUUCUUCUUCAACUAUGCCAACCUAGCAAGAGUCUAA